CUCGGAUCCCUGUUUUUAUAUCGUGACAGCCAAACAGCACCGCGCUUCAAAGAACCCGAUGACGUUCCCAAAUUACACAAAUGAGGCGAUACCGCUGUUCAUUGCCUUCAUUGUGUUGGAGUGGCUGGUAGUCAAGCUCAAGAAACUUGGGAAGAUACGACACAAUGACUUUAUUAACUCUUUGUCUCAUGGCAUCGUCUAUGAUGUGUUUGGCGUUGUGUUUCGGAGUUUCACGCUCUGGGGUUACGAUUGGCUGUACGAACGACGUGUCAUUGACCUGGACUGGUCCUCCCCGGUGACUUGGUGGGUUGCGGCUCUCGGGGUUGACCUUGGGUAUUACUGGUUCCAUCGAGCUACUCAUGAAGUGAACCUGAUAUGGGCGAGCCAUCAAGUGCAUCACUCAUCCGAGGAAUACAACCUCUCUACUGCUCUACGCCAGUCGAUGUUCCAACGGUAUUUCUCCUUCGGGGUCUACCAGCCCUUGGCUCUCCUGGGCGUCCCUCUCUCGGCCAUAUUAGUGCACGCUCAGUUCAAUUUAUUGUACCAGUUCUGGAUCCACACGGAAGUGGUGAAGAACUGCGGUCCGUUAGAGUGGGUUCUCAACACACCAUCUCACCACCGAGUCCAUCAUGGAGCCAGUAAGUGGUGUCUGGACAAAAAUUAUGCCGGCGUCCUCAUAAUUUGGGAUCGACUAUUUGGGACUUUUGAGCCUGAAAGAAAAGACGAAAAGAUCGCUUAUGGGCUGGUAGGCCAACCCCAGUCUCAGAAUGUACUUUGGCUUCAGUUCUUCUACUUCGGCGCAGUGUUCCAAAAGGCUCGGAGCAUGAGCACUUGUGGCGACGCCCUCCGCGCCCUCUUCUACGGGCCCGGCUGGUUCCCCGGAACGCCCCGCCUUGGCGACCCCGAUACCUUCCCUGACGUCCGGGCGCCGAGGGCCAAGUACGACCCUCAGCUUCCCCUUUGGCAGGAGGUGUAUGUGGUCGUGCACUUCCUCGUCAUCAUGAUCCUUCAUAAUAUCUUUAUUUCACAGAGUGCGACUUUGUCGUGGAUAACAGUUCUGAUGUUCUUCGUGUUCAUCUUCGUCUCCGUCGGAAUCAUCGGCGCCAUGUACGACGGGUGGUGGUGGGCGCCCCUGGUCGAGGCCGCCCGCUGUGUCGCCUACGUGGCCUACGCUCGUGACAUGGCUGUCACCAACAUCGUCUUGUUGGACACCGCCAUCCUCGCCUACUUUGCGAUGUCGACGUUACUGUGGGUCUCUCAGAGUCUUGCCGUCGUCAAAGCCACUGUCAAGGCUGCGAAGCUAGAGUAAAAGGGAGAGCUAAAUGCAGUUCAACGGCGGCAUUCUUAAACGAGAGUUGACACAUUAUACAUUGUUUUCGGUAUGUUUCGCGUAAAAAUGCAUAAUCUAUGUAACAACAACACAACUAAAGUAUACUUUUUAAAGAAGCUAUUGUCCUAAGAUUGUGCUGUUGUAUUUUGUAUGAGACAAGAAUAAUUUUUGUAAGACUAAAGUGGAUUGUCUACUGCCCUGUUGCAAUUUGUUCGAAUAAUGUGAAACGCUUGUGUCUGCAGAGAUGGUCUAUCACAGAAAUGUGAUUCCCAUAAAUCUGGUACUACAAAUGUUGCAGAUUUGGUAUGGUCUUAUUAUGAUGUCCAUAUUUCAUUCGCAUACAGGUUGAUUAAUAAAAUAAGGGGAUAAUUCUGUCUAAUAUAUGUCUAUAUAUGCAUAUG